AUGGAGAACAAUCUGACAACUGUAGUAGAUUUUAUUCUGCUAGGUUUCUCCCAAAAUCAUAAAGUGCAGACAUUUCUCUUUCUCCUUUUCCUUGCCAUUUAUACCACAACUUGGCUUGGAAAUCUCACCAUUAUAAUCACAGUGUUUUUCACACCUGUUCUGCAUACACCAAUGUAUUUUCUGCUUGCUAACUUGGCUGUUGUAGACAUCAGUGAAUCAUCUGUCACAUCACUCAAAAUGCUGUGGGAUCUCUUCUCUCAUACUCACACCAUUUCUUAUAAUUGGUGCAUUGCACAGAUUUUUUUCAUUCAUUUAACAGGGGGCACAGUGGUCUUCUUACUAAUUACAAUGGCUGUUGAUAGAUAUAUUGCUAUUUACAAGCCUCUGCAAUAUUUAAUUAUCAUGAAGAAAGAAAUUUGCAUAGGAUUGGUAGCAGGAGCAUGGUUAGGUGGCUUUGCUCACUCCAUUAUCCAGGUUGGAAUUCUCCUUCAGCUGCCUUUCUGCAAAUCCAACGUUUUGGACAAUUUCUACUGUGACAUUCCUCAACUUAUCAAGCUGGCAUGUGCUGAUACAUACACAACUGAGCUUCUGAUGGUUUGUAAUAGUGGACUUCUCCUCACAUUAAUUUUCUUCAUUUUGCUUAUGUCAUAUACGGCCAUCUUAGUAAAGAUUAGGAGGCAUAUAACAGAAGGAAAACACAAGGCCCUUUCCACCUGUGCUUCCCAGAUCAUAGUUAUAAGUUUGAAUUUUGUUCCAGGGAUGUUCAUUUAUGAUCGCCCUUUCAAGGUAUUUCCAGCAGACAAGGUUGUUUCGGUCCUCUAUACUCUUUUGACCCCAAUGCUGAAUUCCAUGAUCUUCACUCUUCGGAAUAAAGAGAUAAAAAUCACCAUAAAGAAGCUCAUGAAAAAAUUCUAUCUGUCUGAAAAAACAGAAGUGCCAUGUUCUACAUGA